UAGUUACUAAACCAAUCCUCCUAUGAAACUUCGAUCGAACUUGAACCAGAAUAGUAAAAAAUAAAAAAAGGCAGUCUAUAAUGAAGAUGUCCAAGGAAUAUAGAAUUGGGCUUAACCUGGCUAAUUCGUGUAUCCAACUCUGCUUAAUUGCAGUAUUUGUUGUCCUUGCAAGUCUAACAAUCCCAUCGGAUUGUUUCCAUCAUGAUGACCAAUAUCCCAAAACCAUUGCUGGCCUCUUCGUCUUCGGUGAUUCACUCAUUGAUCCUGGAAAUAACAACUACAUCAACACAAGUAGAGAUGCCCAGGCCAACUUUCCGCCAUAUGGAGUAUCUUUCUUCAAAUAUCCGUCAGGGAGAUUUUGCGAUGGCCGUGUUAUUCCUGAUUUUAUUGCUGAAUACGCAAAGCUCCCUUUCAUUCCACCUUAUCUCCAAAUUGGUUACCGGUAUCAGUUAGCUUAUGGUGCAAAUUUUGCAUCUGGUGGCGCUGGUGCUCUAGUUGAACCCUUUUCCGGAUUGGUUAUCGACCUUAAAAAGCAGUUAUGGUAUUUUAACCAGGCUGAAAAACAGUUGAGGUCGAAUCUCGGUAAAGGAGGAGCAGAACGAAUCGUGUCCAAUUCUGUAUACUUGUUUAGCAUAGGGGCUAAUGAUUACUCGAGCGACAAACCAAAGGAUUAUGUAGCAAUGGUGGUUGGCAACAUUACAGCUGCUCUCGAGGUAAUAUACAAGAAAGGUGGGAGAAAAUUUGGAGUUGUAAAUAUGCCACCUAUAGGAUGUUUGCCACUCUUUAGAGCUGCCGAUUUGGCUGCUGGGGGGACUGGAGAGUGCAAUGGACAGAUUACAGCUUUGGCCAAGUUACACAAUGUCUUGCUUUCCCAGAAACUCAAGCACCUGCAGAAGCAGCUCAAAGGCUUUAGAUAUUCAUAUUUUGACAUCUUCACCACUGCUGUUGAAAUGUUCGACAAUCCAUCAAAAUACGGUUUUAAAGAAGUUAAGAGUGCAUGCUGCGGGAGUGGUCCUUUUCGAGGAGCUCGCAGCUGCGGAGGGAGGGGAGGAUUCAAAGAAUACGAGCUAUGUGACAAUCCACAAGAUUAUUUCUUCUUUGACUCCAAUCAUCCAACUCAAGCGGCCAACCAGCAAUUGGCGGAGCUCAUGUGGGCUGGACCCUCCAAUAUCACUUGGCCUCAUAAUCUCAAAUCACUUUUUCAGAUUUCAUUGUAACCUGAUCUACUCAAGAUAUGGUGCGUUUGGGAGUUGAGGUUUCAGCAGAAACGAAGAGAAAGUUGUGCUCUUUUAUGUUUGGGACUCUCAAGUGAAACCCAAAAAGAAAAGAAACGAAUGGAUUUUGAAGAAUUCCAAGUGCUGCUACCUUGUAAAAUUUUUCCGACUGAAAACGGGCGGAAAGCAAAGGACAACUGAGGGAAGUUUGCAAAACUUUUUCAAUUUGUCCACUUU